GAGAAUAUAUCAUUCACACUGCAUAAUUAGUGACAGUUUCAGAGGUGCGUCUUCUAAACAAGUUAAUGGGUCACCGCCCACUGUAAUAUAUCUGACUGAUACUGGUGUAUCAUUUUGUCACUUUGUCACUGAACAUGUAUGAAUAUCAGAAUAAAAAAGAGCGCAGGGUCACGCAGGCCUGGGACGCUGCUCGGGAAACACCUAUUAUUGCAGAUGAGCAAAAACCUCGCAAGCUUGUGAGCUUCAUCCAAAUCAUCACAUGUACUCUUGUGGGAAUCUUGGUGUUUGGGCUAGCCUUCUUCAGCAAAGCAUCUCUGUUGCUAUUAAUAAACCUUUGCAGUGGAACAUCAACAACCAUAGACACCAAACCCUAUGCUCUCCUCUUCAUUGGGUGCCUUCUAAUUGCUCCAAGUGUUUUACUGCUGAUCAAAAGCAUUUGGAAAAUUACUUUUAAGGAUUCAAAAACCCCAUCGACGCAAACUUUGCUAUGGAUUAUUUCAGUGGAAACUUUGGUGGCUCUUGGAUCUUCCAUCCUAACCAUGAUAUCUAUGCCCCGAUUUGACAUCCUGACCAACGUGAUGCUUCUGAAUGGCAUUGCCACAUUAUCAGCCAUUCUGCAGGUGGUCGCAAAUGCAGUCGCGCACGGAAGGAGACGAUUUAUUGCAACGUCGUUAGCUGCUGUUGUUUUCUUAAUUGCAGGUUUUUGCUUCUUUGCUGUUAACUAUCUCAGAAAGCAGAACAUGGUGCUAUUCGUGGGUUUAGCCAUAGGAGGCACUUUCCUGGUCUCUUUGAACUGGUGGGAGAACUACGCCAUGCUUUUCCGCAUCGUCUUCUUCCAGAACACAAUCCGGGACAUAAAAAGGUCCCACAACUUUGUGAACAUUGUGGCUAGCUUGGUGCGAAUUAUUGUGACCUUCACUGUCCUUGGAGCUUAUGUGAAGCUCUCAGGCCAGGACUGGUCAUCGGUGUUAUCAGUCAACAGCUUUACUGAAACCCUCGUCUUGAGUCUGUUCGCCAUUCAGGUUCUAUCUUCAGCUCUGUGUCGCUACGUGGCCGUGGCUGCGUGCAAAAUGCAUGCUGUGCGCCGCAGCUUCCUCAUUCCCAUGAUCUUCACAUCUCCAGCCACAUUGGGCGCCUUUGUGCUGGCUGUUUGGAUUCCCUUUUUGAACAUCAAACAAGAGAACAAAACCAUAUUUGCUGACUACUGUGAUACCUUUGUGAUCACGGAAAGCCCAGGGCUUGGCGUCGUGAGACUGAUGCUGAGUGAUUUAACUCGUGACCUGUGUCAACACAUGCCAGACAAGGAGUCUUCGAUGGGUUUUGGUCUUCUUGGAUCAUCUUUGGUGAGCUGGUGGAUUGGCCUGGUGCUCUCCACACUCUACAUCUGGUUCCUGAACACGGAACGUAUUGCCAGGACAAAGGACUUGUUUGUGCGCAACCUUUAUGAAGCAGCGUUCAUUGACCAGUCCAUGCUCUUGAACUCCAAGUUCGAGAUUGUGCUCCAGCCAAGACAUAACAGGGAAAAGGAGAAGGUGACCAUCUACCUCUGUGCAACCAUGUGGCAUGAGACUGCAGAUGAAAUGAUGAAGAUGAUCAUAUCGAUGUUCAGGCUGGACAAGUUCCGACCAAAGAAAAACCAAUUUAACGAUGUUGUUUUUGAGUCUCACAUUUAUUUCGAUGAUGCUUUCCUGACCAAAGACAACCAGCGGUGUGUCAAUGAGUAUGCUGAGACCCUGGUGGAAGUCAUCCGACAGGUUUAUAUCAUAUUCACAGAGGAUUGUAAAAGUGUAUUUAGGGAGAGAAAGCCUCUUCCUCACCAGAAAAUCUUCCAAACGCCAUACGGCUGCCGUCUGCAGUACACACUUCCUCACGGCAACACACUGUUUGUUCACUUCAAGGACAAACUCCAGAUCCGCCACAAAAAGAGAUGGUCUCAGAUCAUGUACAUGUACUACCUUCUUGGCUGGAGGCUGCACAAGAAAUACUAUCAGAUGUACAGGGAAGGGGAUGAUCAGCUGACAAAUAUUGAAGACCAGUUAAGAAAAGCCAAAAAGACCACAUAUAUUCUAGCUCUAGAUGGAGACACAGAUUUCCAGCCUUCAGCAGUCAUGCUUUUAGUGGAUCGGCUCAGGUUGUACCCCGAAGUGGGAGCUGCUUGUGGCAGGAUCCAUCCUACUGGCACAGGCCCGAUGGUAUGGUAUCAGAAAUUUGAGUAUGCUGUGGGUCACUGGCUCCAGAAGACAGCUGAGCAUGUGUUCGGAUCUGUGUUGUGCAGCCCGGGCUGUUUCAGCCUGAUGCGUGCAGAGGCACUCAUGAGUGACAACGUCAUGAAGAGAUAUACAAGAAAAGCAACUGAGGCUUCCCACUAUCUACAAUAUGACCAGGGUGAGGACCGCUGGCUGUGCACACUGCUCCUGCAGCAGGGAUGGCGGGUGGAGUACAGUGCUGCCUCUGACUCAUACACCAAUGCUCCACAGGAGUUCAAGGAGUUUUACAACCAACGGCGGCGCUGGGGCCCUUCCACAAUGGCCAACACUCUGGACCUUCUUUCCAGUGGCAGUGUCACUGCACGAAUGAACAAGUCCAUAUCACGACCUUACAUUAUCUACCAGACUAUCACCAUGGCUGCCUCGAUCUUGGGCCCAGCUACAGUCUGCCUCAUGAUUGCAGGAUGCUUUACAUUCAUCCUCAAGAUAGAUGCCAAUGUUGCUCUUCUGAUGGCGGUUAUUCCUCCUGCAAUCUACAUAAUUCUCUGCUAUUAUCUUGGGCAAGCAAAAUCAGACUUACAAAUAAGAAUUGCUGGCGUCAUGAGCAUAUUCUAUGCUUUUCUAACGACAGCAGCCAUCUUAUCUAUUAUAGGGGAUAUGGUACUGCAGCAGACUUUCGUGACCCCAAAUGGCUUGUUCUUCAUAGGCAUAACCUCUGUGUACAUUGCCACCGCCCUUCUUCAUCCUCAUGAGUUCCAUCUUAUCAUCUUUGGCUUCCUUUAUGUCAUCUGCAUCCCCAGUGGCUACCUGCUGCUGGCAAUUUAUUCCAUGGUCAACAUGAACAAUGUGUCAUGGGGCACACGCGAAUCUGCCAACCAGACCACUGGAUCUGAGGGGAACCUUCAGCAAAAUGUCAAGUGCCAGAAGCUGUUCAAAAUAUGUGGCUACAAUCUGGAGGUUCAACUGAACGAAGACAAAAAAGUGAUGCGUGCAGUGCCAGAGAGCGAACCUCUUUUGAAAGUCGAAACCAAAGUGCCAUCCGAACCUAUAGAAAGACCUUUCAUUGAGAACUUUUUUAUUCAACAGUUGGCAGAAAGCUCUGGUGAACUGGCCCUUAUGGAGCACAGCUUUAAUUUGGAAGAAGAAAAGUUUUGGAAGGACCUAAUUGAACAAUACCUAAAGCCAUUAAAGACUGAUAAAAAAAAGGAAGAAAAAGUCAAAGCAGACCUGAAAGACCUACGCAACAAGGCAACUUUUGUGUUUUUUAUCUGUAAUGCCCUGUGGCUUGUGGCUACUUUCUUUUUGCAAGCCAUUGGCACUAUAAUCAAAAUCCCCAUCCCAACGACUUAUACCAAUGGAACAAUUGACCAUAACAGGACGCUUUUUAUCGAUCCUAUUGGACUGAUGUUCCUCAUCAGUUUUGCAGGCCUCCUUAUUAUCCAGUUUGCAGCUAUGGUGUGGCACAGAGUCCAGACUUUAAUCCAUUUCACUGCUUACACUGGGACUGAGGCCAUGGUUAACAGGAAGGUGAUGAUAAACUCUCUGGAACCGAUCACUGAAGAAAACAAUUUUCUUUAGGUGGAUAUUAAAUUGAUUAAAAGCCUACAAGUGGAUGAUCUAAAAGAUGAACUGUGAUGGGAAACUUUGCAACAACACAAACCUGGCAAACCUAAGCCUCCUUAGGCUAUACAAUACCUGCUUAUUGGGAUUGAAAGAAUUAGUGUUUUUUAAACACUGUUUACAAUUAUUUGUUACUUCUCCUUUCACUGUAGUAACUGUUAUUAUUAUUAUUAUUAUUAUUAUUAUUAUUAUUAUUAUUAUUAAUAGCUAUUGCUAUUCUACUUUUCUUCUUCUUCUUCUUCUUCUUCUAGCAAUGGUGUCUAUGGCAGCCCAUAGAACUGUCUGGUAAAAAGUUGUGAAAUUUGGCACACUGAUUGGGGAGGGUCUAAGGAACAUUCUGACCAAAUUUGGGCCAAGUGCUGCCAAUACUUUACCACCACCAUGAGGUCAAAUUUUGGCCUAAUUUGGAAGUAUGUUUAUGGUCAUAACUUUUAGUGAGGCUGUAUCUCAGCAAUGAGACAAAACUUAGCCCACUGACACAAAAUAUAGUAGGCAUCUUCAGGACCAUGACCUGAGGCUAUGAAACAAAUUCAAAUCUAUUCCCAUCGCAGACUGGCAAAUACAUUAAAUUGCAAAUCAUUCUUGAAUCCCUUUGCCUAUAGUUAUGGAUCUGCUUGUUGUUGUUGUUGUUGUUGUUGUUAUAAAGACUGUCUUUUUAUUGAAAUUGUGCUGUUUCUCCUUUCAGUGAGCCAUAUAUAAUCUAUGUAUAUAUUUAAUUUCUGUUUCAAGAUGGAUCUGAUACAUUUUGCUGCUGUGAGAUCUUAAAGUUACGUGUGCACAAAUGCAAAUUAAUUGUAACCUGUCCAAG